GUAUUUUCUUUCUACAGAGUCUCACGGCCAAGAGUUCUGUGUGACAAGACGAACAACAUAACAACGAAUAAAAAAUGAAACAAUGGAGAUGCCAUCAUUGAAGAACUGUGAUAUAGCUAGGGGGCAUGAACAUUACCUCUGUCAUAUAUUGUUAUUGGAACAAGCGUCGCCCAUCGCAUUAAAGGCCAUAAUAGAACAAAAAAAGAAAAACUGUGGUAAAGAUAUUGGUAUUUUGUUAAAUGAGUAUAGAGAUGCGUUUAAAACCAGGUACGAAACAGAGUAUCUUCAAUUAUUUCAAGAAGAUAGUGUGAAUGAUGACAUUGAUACGUGGGACACUCUUCAAUUAUGUGCUGUGACAUUAGUUUUGUUUGAAUCAUAUCUAACGGGUCAAGAAAUUAAAGCCAUUCAAGACAUAUAUGAUCAGAGAAAAGAUAUUGAAAAAUACGCCGAAUGUGCCUCAUUAUCAUUUAAGACCUACGAGGAGAAACAAGAUUUAGUGCACGAGCAAUUACUCGAGUUGAUAAAGCUUAUAGACCAAAGUGCUAAUUAUAAUUGUAAACGUAUGAUGUAUUCAUUUGAGCCUGAAUCGAUGAAUUUAAGCGAAAGUCAGGUAUGCAAACUAACAGGGACAAAAGAUGUCAAAACUCAUCUUCAAGUUGCAAUUGAAGUAAAAUUAGAAACACAGAGUACACUUACUGGCGAAGAUAACACUCAAGUGCUCCAGACAAAUGACCAAAUCUUCAUUGAAGAACUUCAGAACAAGAAUGUCUAUAUCAAUGAUUCAGUCGUUUUAAGAUGUAAACUUGACACUCCAGUGGGUGAUAAUGUUGAAUGGAGAAAAGAUUGUAAGCUGAUCAAAAUUACAGACAAUAUGGUAUUCAUGAACAACCAUUGCACCCACUGGUUAGCUAUAACACAAGCAUCAGUGGAAGACACGGGAAAAUAUUCGUGUGUAUGUGGCCAUAUUUCAACAUCUGCUGAUCUAACUGUUAUAG